AUGAGCCAGACGCUGCUCUUGUCCCAUAUGUACCCAAACACACCAGAGUCUUUGGCACUGGCCAACGAUGAGCCCUGGGACGACGAUAUGUACGAUCGCGCUCAAGCUCACCUGGAGGCAUUCUACGUGGAGGUGUUUCUGGAAUUGGCCAACUAUGGGGAGAUUGAGGUCGUCACCGAGACGAAGGCCCUGGGUGGCUAUGGAGGCCCACGCAUCUUAGCGCCACUGGACGUGGUCACGUCCGACCCCUCAAAGCGAGCGAAGCUGGCUGAGCCGACAAAGGCAACAUCUUCGACCGUGCUGGUGGGCUCGACACUCGCUGACUUCCUUCUGCCAGAGAGCUCUCUGCAUCAGGCCCUCCUUGUCGAGAGAGAACCUUCGUGGAAGGACUUCCAAGCGAUCUUGGAUCAAGCCGUCAAGCAGGGAGACAUCAGGGAGGAGGAUCAGAUGAAGAUUGAGUUCAAGAAGGGCUCAGUCGAUCUCGCAGAGGUUGGAGAUGCUUUGUUGAAGAUGGUGAGAAUGAAGCUUCCGGAGGAUCUACGCAACAGCAUCCGCCGCGAUGUGAUUGACAUCGGCAACGUGGUGGCUAGCUUGUGCCCAUGGAGCAACACACUCAUCUUCAAGAUUGAAGUCAUGGGGGAGAAUUGCUGCAGCCGGUGGCACCGCGACAACUACUGCGCAAGGGCCAUCGUCACGUACAACUCGGUCGGUACGGUGUAUGCACCUGAUGACAUCGUCAACUUCUGGGAGCUGGAUUACUGUGGUUGCAACGACAAAAUCAUCAAGGAUGAAUCCCAAGUCUGUUCGGUGGGGGUGGCGGAUGUCUUCUUCAUGAAGGGCAAGAAGUUUCCUUCUGGCCCAAAAGGCUUGGUCCACAAGUCCCCGGAAAUUCGACACCACGAAGACGGCCUGGUAGUGAACCGCCUGGUAUUGAAGGUGGACGUUCCGUAG